UGUGCAUUUGGAGCAAACCAUCUGCAAACCAUCAGGAGAGACUGAGACAACACCCAGAGCCUGUGCUUCGGUUCAGGCUUGUUUCUAAUGCAGCAACAGACUGAUACACUCAUAUUGCUUGGACGCAACUUGCAAUUCACUCAAGGCAGGCCCAGUGAAGGCAAGCCCACAGCUCCAUCUGGAGGGAGCCUUCAGUAAACAUUCUGAAGGGUGGAGCAAAGGCUAUGGAAUGCGCGAUGGCCUCGGAGCCCUGUGACACCACUGUGUCACUGGGUGCCCGCAGCUAGGACAGCCUGCAGCGGGACUGUCUGAAGGCGGCUGCCUGAGCCCUGGGCACGAUGGAGUUUUUGGGGACCACGCAGGUUGCCAGCUACUGUGGCACGCGGAAGAGCUGCCUGUUCCCGGACCCAGCCCCCACCAGCACCACCAAGGACACCUACCAGUCCUACUACCUACCAGGAUACCGCUACCUCAGUUCCUGGAGGCCCAGUCUGCUUCACAGAGUGGUCUCGGUCCCUCCCAGCUCUGCUGAGCUGUUCAGACCCACUGGGCGGCCACCCACUGUUCUGCCCACCUUGCGUUCUGCCCUGCAUUCCCGCUACAGCACUCGCGACUGGCACCACGCAAACAUGGUUCAGUUAAAAGGCUCUGAAGCCUCCAGGUACUGGGCUGGAAGGCUGAACACUGAUUCUUUGCGACUGAUGCAAGAUAAGGACCAAUUGACUCAUCAGAUGCAAGAAGACAGCAGCAGAAACUUGGGAGAGAGGAUCUCUAACAUUGAUUUCUGGAGAUCUGAGCUCGCCUAUGAGCUAGAGUGUCUGCUUAAAGAGACCCAGGCCUUGGAAACGGCCAAGAAGCGGCUUGAAUGUGCUAUAAGUGAAAUGCAGGCGCCGCUGAAGACAGCCCUGGAAUGCUUGUACUACCGUGAGAAGCGGAAGGAAAUAGACUUGGUUCAUGAUGAUGUGGAAAAAAACCUCAUGAAAGAGGUUGAUAUAUACAAAGAUUGUCAAGAAAUACUGGCAAAACUUGCACAAAGAAUCAGUCAUCAGUUGGGCAUCAACAGAGAUGCGCAGCAUGCCCUGGAGCAGGAUCUUUCUGACAAAAACUCAGCCCAUUUUAUUGACAUGAAGUGCUUUAACCUGAGGAACACAUCGGACAGCAUCAACUUCUACCAUGGAGUGGAGAAAGCAGAUGGGACUGUUUCAGUUCCUGCAACAUGGGCUAAAUUCAGUGAAGACAAUAUCAGGUGCUCUCAACAUGCAAGGGCCAACUCUGUCAAGCUCCGGGAGGAUACAGAGGUUGCACUGGAGAGCACAUCUGAGGAGCUGUGGAAUCAAUUUGUCAGCACCAACUUGGCUUUUAACAGUCGCAUUGCCGAAGUAGCUGAUGCAAAGAACAAACUCCAAGCACAACUGGCUAAGGUAAGACUCAAUAAGCAUUGGCAGCUGCAUAUAAUCCUAGAUGUGCAUGAAAGGCACAGAAAUCUCUAGAGUUUACAUCCUUCU